GUAGGAUCAAGACACUGUGUCUCAGGACCAUGGAGAGCACAGGAAUGGUGAUUAGACUGCUACUCAUUGUUCUGGUUUUUGCCAUGUCCAGCGGUCAACAUCCACCUGAGAUAUCUGAGGAGGAGCAGAAAUCUGACAUAAACUCUGACAAGGAACUGACUGAUGCAAUCGACGAAUUUAUGUCCAGAUUUCAGAACAGACUGGGAGUGAAUGAGAAACGUGCCAUUCCAACGUGUGUAGUUGGGACACGCUGUGCGAUGAGGUUUGGUCCACGUUUUGGACAGCUGUGUGAAUGUACCCGUGGCUCUUACUGCAACUCAUACUUGCUCAGGUGCAUCUGAUUUACCAGCUGGGAUGCUGUCACCCCUACCUCUGCAUUUACACAAAACAUGCAAUUGCUGAAAAAAUGUCUACAGGAAUGUUAUUUUUUAGAAAAAAAGUAUUGAGUACUGAUUAGCUGGUAAGCAUGAGCCAUGUGUUGUAAGAGUACGUCUGUGUAAUAUUUUCAGUAAAUUAAUUUACUUUGUAUUUUUGUUUCAUAAUCAGUUUACUAAGGUAAAUUGAUACAACUUGUAUAAAAAAAUUUUUAGGAAGGCCCCGGGAAAAAGAAGAUGGGGAAGUAUGUUUACUCAGUGUUAUAUCACAUAAAAGCCCAAAUCAUUAAGUGGUGAAAACAUGGCACAGUUUCAUAAAUGCAGUGUAGAACUGAUGCAGUUUUUUAACCAUAGGGAUGAAAUACAAAUGACAAUUACCAAAUAAAUAGUGUCAAAAUCUGAAAAAGUAUAUGCAGACCAACUGAAAAUUCCAGCAUAGGAAAUUACCAAACUUUGCUUAACUGAGCUUACAGGACUGUAUUUUUGCAACCCGACCUAAAAACUGUUUAUGCAUGUUGUAUUACUGAUGUGUUGGUAAUAAUUGUUGUGAAAAUUAAUUGUCGUAAUUGUAAAAAUAAAAAAAAUUAUAAAACUGAAAUUUUAAUGUAAAGAAGAAUACAGGAAUUACUGAUUGAAAAAAUUACAGCAUGGAAUAAACUACAUAUUUUGUACAAUAAA